GGCAAAUGUUCAGGGUGCGUGCUUCGCGGAAGGAGAAUUCAGACGGGAUUCACUACUGGGAACUAAGAGGGCAAGAUCAGAUGACGAAGACGACGGCCGCGGCGGCAGAGCUGCAGAUGGAGGAAGAGAUCAGAGAGGCGAGCGAAAGGUGCAAGAGAGUGAUAGAGAGAGUCGCAAGAUUACCCGCCAGCACAAACAUCACCGAUUCCUGCCGACGGACUCUUCUGAAACUAGCCAACUCAGAACUCAACUUCCUCUCUCGCUCCUCGGCUAGUCUCGCUACGUCCCCUAAUCCACCGCUCAGUGUUAACAUUGGUCACUUGGAAGCCGUGGUUUACAUCCUCGAGCAGCCUUUCGUAACUGGAGUUUCAAGGGUUUGCAAGAGGGUCUCUCUGUUACCAAUUGGAAUUAAGAAUGGGAAUCACGAGGAUGAAACUGAUUGUGGUUCGUCAUUGUCUUCUAGUGUACAUGUUGAUAUAGUCUGCACGCUCAAUAAAAGACCGGUGUGGAUCGUUGUUUCGGAUAGGAACCCUAUGUAUGUGUAUUGGCAUGGCUACCGCAAAGGCAAAGGCUUGAAAUUGAGGAUUGAACAAGUCAUUGCUGCGGCUCGGUCUACUGAGAUGAUGAGGCCUCUGUCAAUUAUCCUCUUCUUCCCUCGUGGAGUUGGCGAUUCUGUCCGCCAGAAUCUUGAGGAUGAGUUUGGGGCUUCUAAGUUUGACUUUCAGCUAUCUGGAUUUGAUUCUCAUUUCAGUGAAGAGGUAGUAGACGGUGGGUGGAUAAACGUGGUGACAAGAUCGUACCGUGAAGCAUCUGUCUUCGAGAUAAAGCUGGACAAUGAUGCUGUUGGAGUUCCAAGAUCAGGAUCUGGAAUUAGUGCACCUACAGUUUCGGAUCAUCAAGAUGGGAGUCUGAAACUAAACUCAGACGAUCUGUUUUGUUCCAUUGUCUCCGGAAUGAGAACAUGGCCUCCAGAAAUUAGGGGUAAGGAUUUGUCUGCUCCUGGGGUUUUGCAAGGCAUUGAUGAGCUUUUGAAUUUUGGUACUACAGCACUGGUUGCUAUUGUUUCUGGAAUAAGCAAUGGAUGUGCAGAGAAGCUUUUGGCUGCGCCAGAAUUCCAAUUGCAACAGCAGUUUAAGGGGAACACUGAGUUUGUAAUUGGACAGGUAAAAGCUCUUUUUCCUUCUGUCUAUCUCAUUUUUGUGUAUUUAGAUUUUCAGCAUACUGGAGUACUAGUAGUUGGAGCAAGUUGCAUGAAUGAACGAAAGGCUGGAGAAGUAGGUAUGAAAAUUUCAACUAGAUAUCUUAGUUCAAUGUCUUGUCAGGUUAUGUCUGAAGUCGAGAAUCCAUUGCUUGCUGAACUGGUCCCUGUAGUAUCGGGGAAACGGGGCAUAGUAUGCAGCAGCGUGCUCUCAGAGUUCAAAGAAUUGGUAUCAAUGUUUGGAGGUGCCAACGAGAAGCUAAGAACCCAUAAAUUGCUUGAACGUCUCUUGGUUGCCCCUGACAGUCCAUCAGGGCGUAUGCUCAGCCUGCCAACGACGAGGAAGCUAGACUUGAAGAGCAAGAUUGUGUUUGGGACUGGUGACAGUUGGCGUGCUCCAACUUUAACGGCUAAUAUGGGGUUCGUUCGAGCCGUGUCUCAGACUGGAAUGUCCCUGUUCACCAUUCCGCAUAGGCCUAGGGCUUUAAUAGGUGAUUAGAAAUGCGGCUUGUAGCUCUCCGUACAUAACUUGCAAAACAAGAAAUCCUGUUUUUCCAGUCCGAAGUCUGAACUCUUUCAUUUUAUUAUAUGAUUAUGGUUUUGGUUUGAUUCACGUUAGUCCAGUAGAUCAAAAAGCAGCGAUUAGUUAGGAAUUGGAAAUUGUUUGUUUACCCACCAAAUUUGAAGUCGGCAACUUGUAUUUGUUGUUUACUUACUAGCAUGAAUAACAGGAAACAGUGAACUUGGUAGGUUAAGAUGUGGUCGGCUGCGCACCAAAUCCAGUAUUUUGGGGAGAUUAUAUGCAAGUUAUGUGUAGUCCACCAAAGUAAUAAGAAUAAUCCAUUUGGCUUC